AUGUCUGAACUAAACAAAUUGUUAAAAGAAAUGCAUGCGUCUCUAGAUGCAACUUCAGAAGCCAUCAACAAAUUGGAAACAAUUUAUGAACAUCCAUCUCAACACAAUGAUAUUGCCUCUCAUUUAAAAGUGGAUGAGAAUGUUAAAGUCUCGUUACUCUCCUUGAAGAAUGGAUCAAUGUUGUCAUAUCUUUCUUCUUUACUUUCCAUUAUUGAUGAUAAGAUGGAUCCGAAGGUUAAAGACCCUACAACUUCUAAGGGCCGUGAGACAAGUAUUGAGAACCGUGUUGUAUUAGAACGUGGUGUAAAACCAUUAGAAAAGAAGUUAGGCUACCAAUUAGAUAAACUUGUGAGAUCAUAUACAAGAGCAGAGAAAGAAUAUAAAGAUGUCGAAAAACGUAUUACAGAGAAGGGUAACCGUGCGUCAAUGCACUCUAGCAGAGGUGUUAACGAUGAGGAAGAGGAUGCAUCAAGUAGUGAUGAAGAUGAUGAGCUGUCUUAUAGACCAAACAUGAUAAAUGCAAAGACAAAAACAACCACUAAAUCAAGAUAUACGAGAGAGAGCGAAUCUCAAUCUAACGACAAUAAUGAAGAAACAAAGGAAGAAAACCGAGAAAAUGAUGGUAUCUAUAGACCGCCAAAGAUAAACGCCAUGUUACCUCCACAAACUACGAUACAUUUCGAGGAUAAAUUUAGUGUCAAGGAUCAUAAGGACCGUAGUAGUCACUCUAAGAUGCAAGCUAUGGAAGAAUAUAUCAAAGAUCAAGCAGAACAACCAGAUUGGGGUACUUCCAUCGGUGCUGAUAUCUUAGAUCAUGGUAGAGGUGGUAUUAAAUCAUCUAGAGAUACAGAGAAGGAACGUAGGGUGACUACCUUUGAAGAAGAAAAUUUCACAAGAGUGAAUCAUAUGGGUAUGAAUAAGACAGAGAGGAAGAAGCAAAAACUAAGACAAAGAAAUGCCAAAGCUAAUGUUAUUGGUGGUGAAGACUUUGGUAUUUUCAACUCAAAGAGAAAGAUGGAAGAAAGCACCUCUAGGCGGUCAAAUAAAAAACCUAGAAGUGCAUGGGACAGAGCUAAGAAUAGAAUGUAG